CUCCAUCUCUGUCUAGCCCAGUCUGAGCUUGGUUGACACUGUGGCUGUUGGGACGUGUGGAGCCACAGAGAUUUCCCUCUUGGAGUAAAAGCUUGGAUCACAUGGAGAGGACACAGGGGAACAAAGGUUGAAAUAUAAAUCUUGUGGAGGACACACAAAUUGGAUUGAGCACUGGACAGCUGAGACAGAAAAGUGAAAACUCCAAACCAAAGGAUUCUGCAGUUGGAAGAGCAGCAGGUAUGAAAAGCCAGACUGUGGUUGUGUCUGUGGCUCUGCUGGCCCUGUGCUGCCUGCUGAUACCCAGAGGAGGGGAGAGUGCUGGGGGGAUAGUUUCUCUCCGGCAGCCUGAAGAGAAGAAGCAGGCAGGGGAUCAGCUGCGACACGAGUCCCUGGAUGACCCAGAUAGUGAGAAAGGACUUGCAGAGGACCCACACCCACUGCGAGGCAGCAGCAGGGCCAAGAGAAACACAGAGGAGGCUGUGCAGGCAGGUAUUUUGGGCAGGGUGAGGAGAGCACCGGAGGAAGGCAAAAAGAAGAAGAAGGACAAGAAGAAGAACAAGGAGCCAAAGGACCCCAAAGCCACCAAAAAACCCAAAACUGACAAGAAGGGGAAAAAGAAGGACAGGCAGACCACCACAACUCUACCACCAACCACAACAGCGAUCCCGACUGAACCACCCACCGAACCUGAAACAUACACAGACUACACCUAUCCUGAUGCUGACAAUGAUUUCUGGAAACUGGACGAUGACUAUUGGGAGGCUGAGCCCACACCAUCUAGCCCUCAGCCUGAGACUCCGAUCACAGAUCUUCCAUAUGAUUAUUUGAAGCCAGAGGAGGGAGACCGAGCAGGUCCUAUAAUAGAUAACUACGAAGACUACUGGAAACCAGAGGGAGAGCUGUCCACCCCAGCACCUGACAUCUACGACGAUUACUGGAAACCAGACGAGAAAGAACCAUAUCCCCCCGUGACUGAUAACUAUGAUAGCUACUUUACAGAGGUGGACCCAACGCCCCCUGCCCCUGAGGUUGAUGGGAAAGCUGGGACAGAUGACAGUGAUUACUGGGAUGCCACAUUUGAGACGCCAGAUAAUCUUCCAUUCCCUGAUGGUAAAGAGGUCAGCCCUGAAAUCACUGUAGAAUCUAUACCAGAAGAGCUCACAACCACUGCUCCCUAUGAGGGGACGUGGUAUGAUGAUUAUGAUGAAUACGGAAUGAGGAGAAAAGAAGACGAGACAGACGAAAAAUGGAUGGCGAAAGAGCGAGAGAGAGCCAAAAAGGAGAGAGAGAGGGAAGAGAGAGAGAGAGUGCAGAAGCUGAAGGAGGCAGAGGAGCGGGCCAGGAACAGACCACGUGUCUACAAAGAGCCAAAGAAGUGCCCCCCCCUGGGGAUGGAGUCCCAUAAGAUCGAGCCAGACCAGCUUUCUGCUUCAUCUAUGUCUCAGUAUCAUUUUGCACCUCAGAGGGCACGCCUCAACAUGCAGGGCUCCGACAAUGAGGAUGACGUGAGAGGAGGAGCGUGGUGCGCGAACGCAGAGGACAGAAUCCACUGGUUUGAGAUAGACGCUCGCACGGAGACAGAGUUCACUGGAAUCAUUACUCAGGGACGAGACUCCUUGAACGAGAGUGACUACGUGACAUCCUACUUCCUGGCUUUCAGCAAUGACAGCAGAGAAUGGACCACCAUCCACGAUGGAUACGCCGACUGGUUGUUCUUUGGAAACAGCGAUAAAGACACUCCAGUGAUGAACCAGUUGGCAGAGCCUAUGCUGGCCCGCUACAUCCGGAUCAUCCCUCAGAGCUGGAACGGCUCUCUUUGUAUGAGGCUGGAGGUCCUUGGCUGCCCACUGCCUGAUCCAACUGAUGUUCAGUACAGGCAAAAUGAAGUGACUCCAGUGGACUACCUGAAGUUCAAAUAUCACAGCUACUCAGAGAUGGUUGCGCUUAUGAAGUCAGUGAACGAGGAGUGUCCCAACAUCACCAAUAUCUACAGCCUGGGCCGCAGCUCCAAGGGAUUGGACAUCAUGGCCAUGGUCAUCUCUGGGAACCCCACAGAGCACGAGAUAGGUGAGCCGGAAUUUCGCUUCACGGCAGGUCUCCAUGGAAACGAGGCGGUAGGUCGGGAGAUGCUUCUGCUUCUUAUGCAGUACCUGUGCAAAGAGUACAAAGACAGAAACCCCAGAGCCCAGCGGCUGGUGGAGGGAAUCCGAAUCCACCUGGUCCCCUCGCUCAACCCUGAUGGACAUGAAGAGGCUUUUGAAGCAGGAUCAGAGCUGAGCAGCUGGACCACUGGACACUUCACUGAAGAGGGCUUUGACAUCUUCCAGAACUUCCCUGACCUGAACAACAUCCUGUGGGAUGCUGAAGAUAAGGGCCUGGUGCCCAAACUCACGCCCAACCAUCACAUACCCAUACCAGACAACUUAGAGGCCAACAGCUCGAUUGCUGUGGAAACCAGGGCCAUAAUCUCCUGGAUGAAAAGCUAUCCAUUUGUGUUGGGUGCAAACUUUCAGGGCGGGGAGACAAUUGUGGCCUAUCCUUAUGACAGCUUACAUCUCAACAAGCCUGCUCAAAGCCAGAAACGCCACAGCCGCAAGAAGAGACAGUAUGAGGAAGACGGUUUUGAUGUGACGGAGUGGGGAAGGGGCUACCACGAGGAGCCAGAGGAAGACUGGAGAAGUCGGGGAUACGCGGAGCCGGAGGAGGAGUGGAGGGGUCACGGCUAUGAUCACGGUUACGACCACGGCUAUGACCAUGGCUACGACCACGGCUAUAACCAAGGUUACGGCUAUAACCAGGGUUACGGCCACAGAGAGGAAGAGGAGGAUGACAGAGGAAGAAGCGCCGGCUACCAGUACGCCGAGCCUGAGGAGGAGCCUCGGGUCAUUGCAGACGAGUCUCUCUUCAGGUGGCUGGCUGUCUCCUACGCCUCCACACACCUGAGCAUGACGCAUAACUACCGCGGCUCCUGCCAGGGAGACACUUUUCCAGGGGGACAUGGCAUUGUCAACCGGGCUAAAUGGAAGCCUGUCACAGGCAGUAUGAAUGACUUCAGCUACCUACACACCAACUGUUUUGAGUUGUCCAUAUUCCUGGGCUGUGAUAAGUUCCCUCAUCAGAGCGAGUUGGCGUAUGAGUGGGAGAAGAACCGGGAAGCAAUGCUCAUCUUCAUGGAGCAGGUGCAUCGUGGCAUCAGGGGCAUUGUGAAGGAUCAGCAGGGAAACCCCAUCGCAAACGCCACUGUGUCUGUCGAGGGGAUAAACCAUGACGUCACUACAGCUCCUACAGGAGACUACUGGAGGCUGCUGAACCCAGGAGAGUACCGUGUGACAGCUCGAGCUCAGGGCUUCGCCCCUGCGACCAAACUCUGUGUGGUGGGUUAUCAGUCAGGAGCAACCGCCUGCAGCUUCAACCUGGCCAAGUCCAACUGGGACCGCAUUAAACAGAUCAUGGCCCUACAUGGCAACAAGCCAAUUCGACGCAACUAUGGCAACACCAAUGUACAAAAUCCCACAGUUGUUAAUGGCAAUAGGCGCGUGGUUGGUGGCAACAGUAGGUUUUCAGCAAAUUCACAACUCAGCGCUGAACGGCGGAGGAGGCUUGAGAGAAUUCGCUUACGUCAAAGCUGGGUCCAGAGAAAGAGGCAAAGAUUGACAACGACGACGUUACCCCCGACAACAACAGCCACAAUUCCCACAACACCAGAGACCACCACAUCUUGGUACAACUCGUGGUUCACAAUGGAGGGACAGUCCUCGACGCCAGGUGGGUUCACAGACUCCAUCCUGGAUUAUAACUAUGACUACAACAUCUCUGCUUAUUAAACCAAACACACAGCCUGUUUCUGUAAACUACCGUCCUCUCCUACUUGUACUCCUCAUUGCUUUGUUGUACUUCGAGCAGGUCGUUCUUUGUAUGACAUAUAAGCAAUGAGAAUGCACAGAGUAUUAACUAUAUUAAUUGUAUAAAGAUAGUGUGUCUAUUACUUAACACUUGAAACAAUGCCUCUUCUGAGAAACUGACCCUGUUAUUUAAUGGUAUCGCUUCAGUUUGACAGUUCACACUGCAUUUUUCCUGACUCAUUAUUUAGUCUUUUUUUUUUUUUUUUUUUUACGAAGAAAUGUUUAUUGUGGGUGCACAUUUUUAAAAAAAAAAAAAGUCAUGACAUUUUUUCACUUCACCAGAGCUGAAUUAUUUACACUGUCUUCAUCCAUGCCAGAAAUAUUUUUUACAGUAUGAACAGUCACUAAAGGUCUGUAAAGCAUUUAUUUACGGUUGGUAACAGAGUCAGAGGAGGGAAAGAGUCUUCUGUCACAGCUGGGGUAGAAGAGUUAUUUUUCAAAUAAAGGCUUGUUAAUACAAAACGCUUGUGUUGUCUUUCCAGCCCAGCCAGAGUUGAAUACUGGAGAAUAUCAGUGCUGUUUUAUCUCUCACAGCCCCCCC